GUCGUUAAUAUGUCUGCAAAUGAAGAGGUGUCUAUUGGUGUCAUUGUUCUGUUGUCAGUCAUCGCUUUCUUGGGAUUUAUCGGCAAUAUUUUGGUUUGCUACAUUAUUGCGUUCACACCAAAAAUGCGGAAUGUGACGUCACUUUUUAUUGUCAACUUAGCCGUGUGUGACAUACUUUACUCAGGACUGAGUAUGCCACUCAAAUUAAUCUCAAUGGUUAACAAUCAACAGUGGACUCUUGGAAAUGCUGGCUGUAAAAUUGUGAUGUCAUCGCCACUUUGUUGUAUUGCCAGUUCCAUCUACACCAUGAUCGUUAUUGCUCAUGAAAGACGUGUUGUCAUUUUGGGAGGAUUGAAUAACAACAGCAUGACGAUGAGACAAGCUAAAAUAGCAAUUGUAAUAAUCUGGAUUACAUCCCUUGCAGUUUCCGCACCUCAGAUGUACGAAUAUUCAACGUAUGAAAAAAUUGUCUUGAACAAUCCGUUAGAGCACGUGUCCCAAUCUAGUUCUGAUGAAACAAUGAAUAACACCAUGUGGGACAAUCUAACUGAGUCUGACGCGGGAGGAGCAGCCAAUGAAGAAAUACCUGAAAAUAAACCACUUAUAAUUGGUGGUGGGUCGUCAGAAGAAAUUAUACUACCAGAAAAUUUUACUGAUUACCAUUUUGAAACAUCUUGCGGUUCACAUGGCAUUCCAGACAUGUUUGAAGAAGUUUACUCCAUUUGUAUAUUUGUUAUUGGAUACCUAAUUCCACUUAUCAUUAUAUCUGUCAACUAUAUCCUGAUUGUGAGGUACAUUUGGAAGACGUCACAUGCCCUUACCAAAGAAGGUGGAACAAGUGCAGUGUCUAAGAAUAAAGUAAAAAUCAUUAAGAUGAUGAUGACUGUGGUAGUGGUUUUUGCUGUUUGCUGGGCGCCAUUUUUUGCCCUUUUCGUCAGAGAGGAGGUUUUGGGCCAGGAUAAUAGUGGUGAUUCCGGAUCCGUUUUUCAUUCUAUAAAGCUAACAUUCGCUGCGCUGAGUACAAUCUCCAACCCCAUUAUAUACGCCAUGUUCAAUAAAACAUUCCGUGAAGGUUAUCGGAGAAUAUUUCAUUGUAAACUGGGCAGAGCAAACAGAGUAGAAACUACCGGAGAGGGAGCAUCAAUAACAUUAUCAGCACAAGGGUCUACGUCAUAG